AUGGACGAGCAAGAUCGCACUCGUCUUGGUGGGGAUAAUCCGGUGGAACAGGAAGACAGCAAACGCAGUCUGCCAGAAGGGCAAUCCGAAGCGACAGCUAACAAAAGUGCUCCCCCCGCUCGGGGUCCUAAGAGAAGGACUAAGACGGGAUGUUUGACUUGCAGGAAACGGCGCAUCAAGUGUGGGGAGGAGAAGCCUCGGUGCAAUAACUGCAUUAAAGCGAAGCGAGAGUGCGAAGGGUAUACGCAAAGAGUCGUCUUCAAGAACGCGUUGGGUACUUUGGGCGCGGCGUACGACCCCAGAGUUCCUGCCAACUUGCAAACUCCCGUGACCUUUCCUCAACUGCCACACCAAGUCCAGCUCCAACAGCUACAACAACUGCAACGACAUCAAGGACAGCCCAUCGCCGGCCAAGCUCUCAAUCCUCAGCAACGCUUGCUUGCACCCCGUCUCCCUUAUGUACCGCCUACUGUCGCCUCUGGUUAUGGCACGGCCCAGUCCAUGCACCAGCAACAACAAGCCUUCCACUAUCCUCCAAUCCCUCUUCAAUCGCCGUUGCAGCCAGAACAGAUAAUCGCUCAUCCCGAAUCCAUCCACGUUCAUGGGGACGACUUCGCAAGCCAUCUCUAUACGUGGCCGACUGCAGAUCAGCAUACUUAUCUGACAGUACCCGCUGAGACUGGUGGCCCGAUUCAGGGUGUUCAUGAUGCCGCAUUGCUGCCCCAGACGGUGGCGGGAGUUGGCACCGUACUACCAUCGCAUCAGAAUCUGCAUAAUCAUCCAGUGCCAAUGGGUCAGCAUGAUCCGGCCGUGCAGAGUAUAGCUGAAACCAUCGGAUUUUACACGGACGACACCUUCCAACAAGCUCAGGUCUACUAUUCGUGGGAUGCCGAACAGGAAGCCCUGAUACCGACGACUUAUGCCCCUGAAGGACUAGAAAAUGAUUACUAUGACGUUGAUUCCGACGACGAGCAACAAGAGGUUACCGAAGAAGAGGGAUACAAUCAGUUGGACCUUAUCAUGGCUUCGGCACAUCGGGAUGCCAUCCGAUCGUACAAUACGUAUCUUAACGAGCCUCACAUCCUUGCCUCCUACCAACCUUCAAUGGGCUCAUCUCCGCUGAACAAUCCAAAAACCGCACGAAUAUGGAUCCAUUUUAUGCACGCGACGGGUCCUAGCAUGUCGGUCUGGGAGCGACACAUUGCAAAUCCGACGCCCUUAUUUGGUGGACCCGUACCUUCAUCGCAGCAAGGACUCUGGAGCUAUAUCAUGCCUUUGAAAUCGCUUGAACACCCGGCACUCCUACAAGCAAUGCUUGCCAUCAGCAGUUUUCACAUAGCCAAGCUACAACAGAGUCAUCUUACAAUCACUUUCAAGCAUUACGAGUACGCGCUCAGAAAGGUCUCGAAGGCUGUCGGUCUCCCUCUGCGUCGAAAGCAAGUAGCGACACUGGCUGCCACAUUGAUUCUUGCCUUUUACGAAGUUUCUGCAGCGGAUCAUACCAAGUGGGACAGGCACGUAGCUGGCGCUGCACAACUCUUGAAAGAAAUCGAUUUCGCAGGCAUAACGCGAGAUCUCAGAGCUUAUCGUCGAAGUCUGAGGUCGCAAAAACAUGCCUGGACAGGGCCAUUCGAUACUUUUUCAGCUUACAGCUACUCCGAAGACGAUCCAUUUGCAGAGAAGGAGUCGGGAGUAGAUCCCAAAGUAGUGUCCAGACUUGUGGGAAGGGCUAUUGAUUAUGAUCAAAUCGGUCGUGUUGAUGCCUACCCUAAAGUCAAGAGGAGGCAUUUUUCACGGAAAGAUAUCGAGAACUUCCGGUUACAAUGUGAUUUAUAUUGGUGGUAUGCAAAGCAGGAUCUUUUUCAGAGUUUGAUUAGUGGUAACAGACUCCACACCCCAUUCGAACGCUGGGACGCAUGUCCUCCUCGUGCGGCACUUGGAAAACUAGAUGCAAUCUAUGGCAGCUUUGAUCAUCUCAUACUUCUUAUGGCUCGCAUGAUGCAUUUUGGAUACCAAGAUCGCAAGAGAAAACUCAAGAGCCUUGAGGCCUGUGGUGGUGAAUGGCGUCCCAAUCCCAGUUUCUUCAGGUUUAUCGGUCGAUUUGCGCCCAAAUCCUCUACAGGUGGCGGUCCCGGAUCACCUCCUGGGAAGGGGCCUCCACAGUCAGGUAAAAUGCAAGGACCAGCUGGUCCGAGUGCCCAGCAGCCUAUGUAUGGUAUGGCGCCGACAGGCGGUCCAGUUCCAGCUCCUUCUGCGUUCACCACAAUGGGCGAAUCUCCGCCGUACUCAGGCUUUAUAGAUGACGACGGAGAAGACAAAACAUUGGAAGAAGCCGAAGCGGAAUGGGAACGCAUAUCAGAUGCGUAUCAAUAUUACGAGAGCCAAUUGGGAGAAUCCUUUGCACCAUUACCAGCAGACAGCACAUCGCCAAUUGGUUCGCCGUUCGGUUCCGCAUUACAGUUCCGUUCUCAUAUCAUUGCCGUGCUCUGGGGGUAUUACUAUACUGGAAGAAUAAUGCUCAACCGGCUCCAUCCUAGUAUGCCUCCAGCUGCAAUGGUAGCUGCGACAGCAGCGGCAGCAACGACAGCCAACUUUGCUCAGACGAUUGGCAAAAUAGCUGCCGGAGUAUACUAUCCACAGUUAUACAUGCAAGCAGUCGGGAGUUUGAAUCCGAAUCUAGGCGGAGCAUGGAUAGAGACCACUGUGAAUUUGUUUGUUGCAGGUGUUCAAUACACGGAUGCAACACAAAGAGACUGGACUGUGGCAACUCUUCGAGGAACUGCCCGUGUGACUGGAUGGCAGUCUGCUGAAGCGAUCGCAUCUGGAUGUGAAGCUGCAUGGGCCCGUACAGCUGCAUUAGGACGUGGGCCUCCGUAUGUUCGUGGGCCAGAUGUUCAAAUGAGAGGACCAAUCUAUUCCCGCGGUGAAAAAACCGAUGAACAUAUAGCACCGGGCUCCAACUAUGAAAGACGUUUUGUGAAGGUGGAAAGAAGGGUACGAGCGCACUGGGCGAUGGGGCUGUUGGAGUUGGAAAGUGAUCUUGAUGGGCUUAAUCUUGACGACCCAUUAUAGCCUGUAGAUAUGAUAUUAAUGCUUGCUAUGAAAUACGACACCCAUGAAACAAUUC